CAGGAAAUAUGUAAACUCGUCGUCGUCCGCUUGGUUUGCCCCAAAUCGCCGUAGCUUUCUAUCACCCAUCCAUCGCCAAAAUCGCCAUAAAAUCCACUAACCUGGGGAGACCAGAAUCGAGAUUGAAUUCGAACGUAUUCGCAAUCAAUCUCUCUCUAUCUCGGCGGGCGAUCGCGCCAUUUGAUUGCUUGUAAGCGUUUGCGUAUAUGAAAGAGUAUGGAGCGGAGCGGGUCGUGGUUGAGGUUGAUGGUUCUGACGUGCUUGAUUGCCGCAAGUGGGGCGAGAGGUAUUACAGGGUUGGGGGGAAUCGUUUACUGUGUCGUGGAGCUGUGGUGCCUGUUUGAAUGGGGCAAACUAUGGCUGAACGAUCCCUCGGAACUUAGAGUGAGGUCCAAGGCUCAUAAAGCUGUUUACAAUCACACUCUUGCCACGAUAUUGGUGGAAUAUGCAUCUGCCGUUUACAUGUCAGAUUUGACGGAACUUAUUAGUUGGACAUGUUCUAGAUGUGAUGGAAAGACCAAGGGGUUCGAAGUCAUUGAACUGAUAGUUGAUGUUCAGCACUGCUUACAGGCAUAUGUUGGGGUGGCCAAGGACCUUAAUGCUAUGGUUAUAGCUUUCAGAGGAACUCAAGAACAUAGCAUACAGAAUUGGGUUGAAGAUCUCUAUUGGAAACAGCUUGACAUAAAUUACCCUGGCAUGCCUGGUGCCAUGGUUCAUCAUGGAUUUUAUUAUGCUUAUCACAAUACGACAAUUCGACCUGGUAUUUUGGAUGCUGUUAUGAGAGCCAAGGAUUUAUAUGGAGACAUCAACGUUAUGGUGACAGGGCAUUCUAUGGGAGGGGCUAUGGCAUCCUUCUGCGGACUUGAUCUUGUGGUCAAUCAUGAAGCACGAAAUGUUCAGGUUUUAACAUUUGGACAACCUCGUAUUGGCAAUGCAGCAUUUGCGUCUUACUACAGUGACCGCGUGCCACAUUCAAUACGUAUUACUAAUGGACAUGAUAUUGUGCCUCAUUUGCCUCCGUACUAUUCUCGGUUCCCACAGAAGACCUACCAUCACUUCCCUAGAGAGGUAUGGCUGUACAAUAUAGGAUUUGGUAGUCUGGUUUAUCAGGUUGAGAAAGUUUGUGAUAGCUCUGGCGAAGAUCCAUCAUGCAGCAGAUCGGUAACUGGCAACAGCAUCGCGGACCAUGUAGUCUACUAUGGUGUGGGAUUAAUGGCUGAAACAUGGAGAUCGUGCAAAAUCGUCACGGACCCACGAUUGAAGGAAUAUGGAGGUGAAGAUGUCAAUGGAAAUCUAAUGCUUUCCAGGAAUCCUUCUGCUGCUGCAUUGAGGCUGCCUUCAGACUCCGAUGCCAAGAGCAACUUGAGUUAAAAUGCUCCUGGGUCAGCACCUGGUUUCUCAAAGAUCAUCAGGGACCUCUGUGAUGACGGCCGUGAAAUGCAUUCAAUCGAUCUGUUGUCCAUAUCCAUCACAAGACGCAUAGGAGCUCUCUACUCAAAUUCACUCUGA